UGCAACGUGAAUAACCAUAGCCCCAUUUGCUCGUGCCAAUCAGGAUACACCGGAGAUCCGUUCACUAGAUGCUACCCUAUACCACAUACCCCAAUCGUGGUGAGGAAUCCAUGCGUUCCUUCUCCUUGUGGUCCUAGAUCGCAAUGUCGCGAUAUAAAUGGAUCUCCAUCCUGUUCAUGUUUGGCCAACUACAUUGGAUCUCCGCCCAAUUGUCGACCUGAGUGCUCGAUCAACUCGGAAUGUCCUAGUAAUCAGGCUUGUAUGAACGAAAAGUGUAGAGAUCCUUGUCCCGGAUCGUGUGGCAUCAAUGCAAGGUGCAACGUAAUCAACCACACUCCAAUAUGCACCUGCGAGGAAGGGUACACCGGAGAUCCUUUCACAAGUUGUCGUCCAAUGCCUCCACCACAUGAAGAUCCGUGCAAUCCAUCGCCUUGUGGAGCGAACGCACAAUGCAACAAUGGUGUUUGUACGUGCUUGCCAGAAUACCAAGGAGAUCCUUAUCGUGGGUGCAGACCAGAGUGCGUACUGAACUCUGACUGCGCUAGAGAUAGGGCGUGUAUUCGCAGCAAGUGCGUCGAUCCUUGUCCGGGAACUUGCGGACAAGAUGCACUGUGCGAAGUGAUCAACCACAUUCCGAUGUGUCGUUGUCCUGAUGGAAUGGCCGGAAACGCAUUUGUACAGUGCCGACCACAGCAAUCGCCGGUCGUUACAAACCCGUGUUAUCCUUCGCCAUGUGGACCGAACAGUCAAUGUCGUGAAAUCAACGGGCAAGCCGUGUGCUCAUGCGUUCCGGGAUACAUUGGCAGUCCUCCGACAUGUCGACCGGAAUGCGUUGUAAGCGCUGAGUGCCCUCAGAACCAGGCUUGCACCAACCAGAAAUGUCGAGAUCCAUGUCUGGGAACUUGCGGCGUAGGAGCCAGGUGCUCGGUUGUCAACCAUAACCCAAUCUGCAGCUGCCCUGAGAGAUUCACGGGCGACCCGUUCGUCCGCUGUCAGCCAAUAAUCGAGCCUCCUGUCCAAAUGACCCCACAAAAUCCAUGUCAACCGUCACCUUGUGGUCCGAACGCUCAAUGUCGCGCUGUGGGUGAUUCUCCAUCUU